AUGCAAAUAUGCGGCAUCGCUAAACAUUUGAAUACCUAUUGUAUGCAAGACCUGCUAAGGGGAAAUGUAACACCAACUGUGAAGUCUCGAUACAUCCAUACGCCAAAUGAACUGACAUGGAGUAGAUUUGGUGGCAGGCAGCUGUAUUGCCAGAGGUACCGAAACUCAGAAGGGAAAGCAAAACAAACAAAACAGAGAAAUGAAAUCAAAAGAAGGGACUUCUUUCUUUUGCUACCUCUUUUAUGCAUUGUUAUGCACUGCUAUGCAUUGGUCUUCUAUGCACUGGUCUUCUAUGCACUGGUACUGCUACAGUGUUACUCUUCUCUGCGUAGCCACCUUACUCUUAGCGAGUUUCUUCCAGUAUGGUCUUGUUCGUACCACGGAAGAGAUUCUAUCUAUCUUCAUUUUACCAGCCCACGAUAUUGUAACCAUAGUGCCUCUUACACAGAAUCAUUCGUCUUUCUGCAUUGUCGCAUAUAUAAAACAUGCUACUCUGAAUGA